ACGUGUGGAUUCUUUUUGCAUUCUAGGAUUUAAAAGAAUGUCAUCAGAGGACAGAGGUGUGGAGCUCUGUGCCCUUGGCCCACAGACUCUCAGUGCUGCUCUGAGGGGCACCACUGCUGACAGCCCCCUCAGUAACGAUCGGAGGCCACGUGGACGACCUCGCAAAGAUGGCACAACUCCUCUGCAGAAAAAGAAGAAAUCUCGGAGUAGGGGGAAGACAGCUGUUGAAGAUGAGGACAGCCUGGACGGGCUGGAGGCAGCAGAGAUGGAAAACGCAAUGGAAACGGAAGUUAAUGACGACUCCUUGGAAGAGGAUAUACUCCUUACAGAAUCCGAGCUUCCGCCUCUCCUCCAACGUUCCACAUCUGAGGAGUCUGCCAGCUCAGCCGUCUCAACCCAUCUCGAUGCAAAAUCCAGCAGUGAGCAACUCUGUGCCUUGUGCUACUGUGGAGAGCGCAGCUCCCUGGGACAGGGCGAGUUGAAGCGCUUUGACCCAACUCCGGGUUUCAUGGUACUGAGAAAGAGCCAGCCUCAAGCCAAGAGAGAUGGCGCUUACAGCCCAGAGGCCGGGAACGACAAGAGCCCCAAACAGCAUUCCAUCUCACGAAGGCGGCAGAGAAAGUCGCCAUGCCACACUGCAGCCUCGCCGUCCAUACCCGGGGACUUGGAAGAACAGACCAGCAGAUACUGGGACGAACUCAGUCAAGUGGGAUUUCCCGAUGACAUCAGUGUCCAGGCCUUAUUCGAACCUUCAGGUCACUGUUGGGCUCAUCACUGCUGUGCGGCCUGGUCAACGGGGGUUUUCCAGACAAAGGAGCAGUCACUGGUGAACGUGGAUAAAGCUGUGGUCUCAGGGAUUACAGAGCAAUGUGCGUACUGCAAGCGACUGGGAGCCACCAUCAGCUGCUCGGACGCCCAGUGCAGCCAGCGGUAUCACUACCCCUGUGCUGCCGGGGCUGGGACAUUCCAAGACAUCAGGGCCCUGUGUCUCCUCUGCCCGGAACACAUCGACCAAGCUCCUGAAAGAUCCAUGGAGGAAGCAAACUGCGCUGUUUGCGACAGCCCGGGUGAGCUCUCGGACCAACUGUUCUGUACCAGCUGUGGGCAGCACUACCAUGGAGGGUGCCUCGACAUUGUGGUGACGCCGCUGAAACGUGCCGGGUGGCAAUGCCCCGAGUGCAAAAUCUGCCAGACAUGCAGACAACCGGGAGACGAUAGCCAAAUGCUGGUGUGCGACACUUGUGACAAAGGCUAUCACACGUUUUGUCUCCAACCAGUGAUGGAGUCCAUCCCCACCAAUGGCUGGCGGUGUAAAAAUUGCAGGGUGUGUGUUGACUGUGGCACAGGAACCAGCAAUCAGUGGCACCACAACUGCUCGUUGUGUGACGUGUGCUAUCAGCAGCUGGACCACAGCUUGAUCUGCCCACUCUGCGGCAAAAGCUAUCAUCAGGACUCGCAGAAAGACAUGCUGCACUGCCAGAUGUGCAAACGGUGGAUUCACAAAGAGUGCGACAAACCUGUGGACAGCGUGAUGGAAACAGCUCUCAGGGAAGACUAUGUGUGCAUCAUCUGCAAACAAGCCGAGAUGGCGGACGACGGUAUUGAGCCCUGUGAAACUGGCGAGACACAGGAAUCUCACCCAGUACAGGAAUCUGACAAAGGUGUCACUGAAGUCAAUUGGAAUAUGGAGGAACAGACAUCACUGGGAGAGAGCUUUCAGCAGCCGGACGAUGAUGUUAGCCUCGUGGCACGUCAGAGCAUUGGGGCUGCUGAUCAGAAUGCAUUGACCCAGAGCGCCGAAGCCAAGCCUGAGGGAGCUGAGGAGGACCUGCCUGUCUCCCAAGUCGGGGUUCGGCAGCUGGAAGAAGCCCCAGCGUUGGUGGGAGCACAGGCUGAACAGGCCAUGGAGGUGACUGCUGGGGAGCCGCUAUCACAACCCGUACAGAACGAGGAGCAGCAGACAACGCAGCCUGUCGAAGGACCAAUCCAGUUAAAAGGAGAGCAACGGGCCUGUGGGAGUCAGGCAGAACCCAUGGAAGUUUCUGCUCCCAAAACACCGAAUCCUGAACAGAUACAAGAGGCUUCACUGACAAACGAGUGUCCAGAGGUUCCUCAGUCAUUGGACAAGUUAUCCCCGAGGAGCGACGAUCACAUCUCCCAAGCAUCCCCCGACAACACUGCCCCUGAGCCCGAGAGAGUCCCCCCGGGUGAGAGACCACCGGAGGCCGUUUCCCCAAUUGGAAACAGUAAAGUGUUCGGCGAGGCCGACAGUGAGCCUGGGGAGAGCGAUGGCACG